AUGAAGACUUUAAGUUUAAUAUUAUUCUAUAUUGGCAUACUUGGCUUUACAGGAUCUGCUCAAGCCGGGAGCUUUAUUAAACCUACUAAAGACGCUAUUUGGUACACGGGGAGCUACCAAAGUGUCCUCUUUGACACCACAAACUUUACUUCUGCUGAUACCGUCACAUUCUUCUUUGACGAAGAUCGCUCUAUAACUUUGGGUGGUGGUCCCGCCCAGCAAGGAAACUUCACUUUUAUGCUACCAACUGAAAUGCCAUCACUUGUUUCCAAAGAUUCCGUGUCUCUACUGGGUGUUUUUCGCCGGAAUAGAUAUUUGUGGCAAGUUCUUGGUGAAACUGUCAAGAUUCGAAAACCUUCAGGCCCUGCAAAAAAGAGAACUGUAUAUGUAUAA